CGGUGGCAGCCACCAGCAAAGAGAGCGACACUAGUGCGUGUUCACGCUGUAGUCGUGCUCUGGCUGCCGCAUUUAGAUUUCCAGCUCAGGCCAGAUAGAGCGCACAGCACGCUAUGUCUCCAGUGAAGAAAUGUGCGUUUCCCACGAUAGCCGUGGCUGUCACAGGAGCCGAGUCUGACGACGAUCGUGUCGGUACGACGGACCUCCCUCUUUCUGCUCCAGCUGGCCGUCUGCUGGACACGCAGAGCGCAGAUCUCGCCCGGCUGUCAAGAGAUCUCAUUCCUCCUGCCUUUCUUUUACAUCCACUUUUUAAGCCUUCACGUUUCGACCGCGUCCCCGUUCCACCGAUCCGAGGAGAAGGAGGAGAAGAAGAAGCGGCAACAUGCCGGUGAGAGGAAUAAUGGCUUCUUAUCCGAGCAAGAGCGAAAAUGUCGGAAGCUCCGGGAUGGAAGACACGGUCUGGGAGCAGUACACAGUCACGCUGCAGCGGGACUCUAAGAUGGGCUUCGGCAUCGCUGUGUCCGGUGGUCGUGACAACCCCAAUGUGGAAAACGGUGACACGUCAAUAAUUGUGUCGGAUGUGCUGCACGGAGGACCAGCGGAUGGAUUACUCUUCGAGAAGGAUCGCGUCAUUCAGGUCAACUCUAUUUCCAUGGACAACGUGCCUCAUUCCUUUGCUGUACAGUCCCUCCGUAAAUGUGGAAAAGUGGCCAAAGUAACAGUGAAGAGACCUCAUAAGGUGGCGUCCCACUCCAUGAAGCAACCCCAAUCCCCAGACAGGGACAGCGGGGAGUACACCCAUUUCACCCACUACUACGACGCUGACACCGACAACGGCUGGUACGGCGAAGACAGCCAGGACCACAUCCCUGAUAGCAAAGGAUACCCGGACUCUGAAUACAGGGGAGGGCAGGGCUACAAUCAGAAAAGGAGAACCAACGGGCAGAACCAGAAGAAAGCCUCGCCCAGCCCCGAUAGAUCCAGGAGGGAGGGAAGGGGUUCACGUGCCCUGGACGCAGGCCAUCAGAAGCACCACAGCCGAGGACGCAGCCCCGGGGGCAGCUACCACACAGAGGACAAGUAUGAAAAAGGACAAGGCGGGAGGUUUAGGAGUAGGGACCAGCAUAACGACGGGUCUCCAUCCUCACAGCGCAGCAAACAUUUGAAGCCACUGGAGAAACCCGUCAACGUCCUGCUAGUGAAGGAGAGAUCCAAUGAAGAGUACGGUCUACGUCUCGGGAGUCAGAUUUUCAUCAAACAGAUGACCAGCACGGGCCUGGCUGCAAAGGACGGGAACCUACAGGAGGGAGACAUUAUUCUCAAGAUCAAUGGGACGGUGACGGAGAACCUGUCUCUCCACGACGCUGGGAAACUCAUAGAGAAAUCGAGAGGAAAGCUGCAGCUGGUGGUCCAGAGAGACAGCCGCCAGAUCCUCGUUCGCAUCCCCCCCCUCACAGACUCCGACUCGGAUAAUGACGACAUAUCAGAGAUGGAGUCAUACCGUUCCUAUUCUCCUCCAGAAGACCUUCCCUGCCGCUCUCCUCAUGAAAAAGCCAACCACAGACACGAACCCAUGAAGACCCAACCCAAGGCGUCAGCGAUGGCCUCUCCAUUCAGAGUACCCGAAGAGCCCCAGACGUCAAGUGGUGAAGUGGACGCAGAUACGCCGCACAUAGAGGAGCCUCCAGUCGCUGUAACAACGACGCCAAAGAUUCUCCUCAGACCAAGUCCGGAAGAGGAAAAAAUAUAUGGGCCAAACACAGUGAUGGUGAAUUUCCAGAAAGGAGACAGUGUCGGGCUGAGGCUGGCAGGAGGAAAUGAGGUCGGCAUCUUUGUCGCCGGCGUCCAGGAGGGGAGUCCUGCUGAAGUGGAAGGCCUGCGCACCGGUGACCAGAUCCUAAAGGUGAACAACGUUGAUUUUCAAGGUGUAUUGAGAGAGGAGGCAGUGCUCUUCCUGCUGGACAUCCCUAAAGGGGAAAUGAUCACAAUCCUGGCCCAGAGCAAACCUGACGUCUAUAACGAUAUCUUGGCGACGGGCCGUGGUGACUCCUUUUCCAUCCGCACCCACUUUGAGUAUGAAAAGGAAAUUUCUCAGAGCCUGGCUUUCAGCCUGGGUGACAUUCUCAAGGUGGUUGAUACCCUGUAUGAUGGCAAGCUGGGCAGCUGGCUGGCAGUCCGUGUUGGCAAGGACAAUCAGCUCCUGGAGAAGGGCAUUAUCCCCAGCAAGAGCAGAGCGGAGCAGAUGGCCAGUGUCCAGAGAUGUCAAAAAUCUGUUGUGGGUGAUCGAGCUAACUUCUGGCGGUUGCGAGGCCAGCGUUCGGUGAAGAGGAAUGACCUGAGGAAGAGCAGAGAAAGCCUGAGCAGCCAGAGCCCGACCACCAGAUUCCCGGCAUAUGAACGAGUGAUUCUCCGCGAAGCCGGUUUCCGACGACCCGUGGUGCUGUUUGGCCCUAUCGCCGAUGCCGCUACUGAGAAGCUGGCCUCCGAAAUGCCCGAUCUGUUUGUGAUCGCUAAAACCGAGCCAAAGGACGCCGGCUCUGACAGGACCAUGGGUAUCGUUCGUCUGAAAACAAUUCGGCAAAUCAUUGAGCAGGACAAGCACGCCCUGCUGGAUGUGACACCCAAGGCGGUGGACACCCUGAACUACACCCAGUGGUAUCCCAUUGUCAUUUUCUUCAACCCGGAUAGCAAGAAUGGCGUCAAGGUCAUGAGGCAGAGGAUCAUACCCAACUCCAACCGCAAUGCCCACAAACUCUAUGAACAAGCCGUCAAACUAAGGAAAACCUGCUCCCACUUAUUCACGGACACCAUUGAUCUGUGCUCUGCCAACGAUGCCUGGUACGGCAGCGUCAAAGACUCCAUCCGCAGGCAGCAGAUGCAGGCUGUCUGGGUUUCUGACGGCAAGUUGGAAUCAGAAGAAAGUGACCUGGAAUGCCAGGUCAUGGAGGAUCUGUCCUUUCUGUCCACGAUGUCGACCGACUACCUCAGCAUAGACAGUCGGCUGGUCACCAACCCCGACGAGGUCACGGACGAGGGAGGCGUCUACGCCGACAAUGAGCCCGAGGGGGGGGCGUUUCACAACUCCGCCAUUAGCCGCUCGUCCGAACCUGUCACAGCUGAGGAGGUUGAAAUAGCUCAGAUGCACCCAGACAUCUACGCUAUUGUGAAGACUGCCAAGCUGAAUCACGGUCACCCACAGCUAAUUGGCUCCAGCUUCUGUCCUGAACACACCCCUCCAUCGUCCAAUGAGGAACAUGCCUUCAACCUCAGUGAAGAGGAGGGAGAGGAGGAGACGCUGGCCGGCUACUACACCAUAGACUCUCACCAUUACCAGGACACUGAGCUUUAGGGUCACAGCCAAGCAGCAUUUCAUGGACACACAUACGCGAAUGCACUGCACACGAGGCGUGCUCACUUAUCUACCAGUCAUUCCAUCUCGCCCCUGCACAAGUCCACUGCUGACUUUAAAGUGACUCAUGCUCGUUUGAUACCAAGGACACACACACACCUUUCCCGAAACAGUCCGUACUGUAAGUGGAUGACACGCGUCACUUUGCUUUUACGUCUGUAACUUUUAAGUGUCAAAACCGAGUGAUCAGGAAGCACUUUUUAUAUUCUCGCCUAUGCAGCUCUUUCCGUUUGUGCACAGCAAGUGAAACCUUCCACUGCCACUGAGUUUUGCUCUCACAACAACCACAAACAAACAAAAAAAAAACAAAAACACAAUGCGCUUUAUCUAUGGCCUUCACUUUUUAAGGUCCUAUUAUUGGAAAUUAUAUCCAACAAAUGUAUAUAAAUGUCUAUACUCUUCUAUAAUCUUUGCAUUCCUUCCUUUAUGAUAGUGCCUGUGCAUAAAUAUAGUAUCUAUAUAUCUAUAUAUCUAUUUAUCUAUUGAAGUGCCUUUUACUUUCUUUGUCCUGUGAGGUUUGGGUUGUUUUUUCGUUUUUUAUUUUUAUUUUUUUUACCCAGGCCACACUAAAUCCUCUGCUGCUAAUGUUAUGUGUAAGAGAGCUGAUACUGUUCAGGCUCUGGAUUUCCAUGUAGUCCAACUUUAAUCCACUCUUCCCCGGAUGGAUCUCUAACUCUUGUUUACACCUCCUGCAAGAUUUCUUUAUUUUCCUUGAGCAAAGCCUCACACUUUGAUAGUCUGUCUCUGAAGGAAUCCCCCUCAUCCCGGAUUAUAAUGUUGGUUCGAGCCCGUCUGCGUCGGAUGCUUAGUUUAAUUGCAUCGGUGCCAUUUUACUGUUGCCGGUUGUUGCGUUCUUCACAUUUCAAACGCACUGUUACGAUGAAGUUUACAUUUUUCUUUACAGAAAAAGAACUCAUCCAUUUGUUAGUGUUAUUAAUGUAUUAAGUACUGAAAUGUUAGACAUGACCAUAUCCAGAUUCAUCAUUCUUUAACUUUACUUUCUUGCCCCCCACUGUGCAUUAUUACUUCUCUGCUCUGGUAAAAAUGUGUUGAAUUUAAUCUGGAAAUGUCAUUCAGGAAACACAAGGAUCUGAAUUCACCUUGAGCUAAAUGACUUAUUAAGUAAUUUGAUUCACGUAAUAUUUAAAUAACAUCAUAUUCAUGACUCCUGCAAACACACACGAAUCUCGGUCUUGUCUCCAAAAAAACACACGGACAAAAAUGUUAUUUAUUUAUUUAUUUAUUUUUGUCAUGUAGCUGUAAAAGGUGCAUCAGCAAACGGACACCACCUCCAUGGUAAAGCACGGUGGUGGCAGCAUCAUAGUUUGGCUUUAAUGAAGAUCAUUGGAAUUAUUAUGAAUAUCUCCAAGGGCAAGUCUGUUCUGUUGUCUAGAAAUCAGACCAAGAGCUUUAAUAAAACCAAAGUCUUGACUCAGCUUAUAAUUAGUUCGGGAGUUUGCAAACCUAUGACAUUUCCUCUCUGGGAUGUUUUGCUUCGGAGUUGCACAAGUUUUAAUAUUUACAUUAAAAGGUUCGAGUUAUGAUAUGAUUUCUCUUUGUUUGUCUGGUUUUUACAUCACAAACGCCUGCAGUUUUGACUUUCUGUUUACUGUAAGUAUUUAUUACAACGCACACUUUUGUAAAAUCGUAUGCGAUGUGGAGGUUGUUUUAAACUGCUAAGUCACAGGGUAUAAAUACACAAAUGAUCAUCAAAAGUGCAGACAAUGUAGGAAAUCAAAAGUAGAAGUUUCAGAAAAGUCAUUUGAUGGUAACGUUGUCCAUCAGUCAGCAGAUGCCAUUCCACGGAAGGAACACGAAGCACUCAAUGUUCAUGCGUUAUCCAACAAAACAUGUCAAACUUUACUAUAUCCACCUUGUAAUUCUGUUUUCCUUUUAUUUUACAAUCAACAAAAUGCAAACUCUAAUUCAUUCAUUGCAGUGUGCGUGAGCUAAGACUCCUGGGACUAAAGGGGUCCUGACUAGUUUUAAGAGGGGAGACUUCAUUUCAAAUAAAAAGGAAAUAAUUAUAUUAACAUAGAACUAUUUUCAUAAGAAAGAGUAACAUAAGAGAUUUUUUUUUUACAUAAACAUAAAUUACAUGAAAGCCGAAAGCAGAAAGUAGACUUUUAAACUGGCAGUACCGUAUGCGUAUAGUACCGCCAAUACUACGUGGAAGAGUAUUGAGGUUUAAUUAAUAAUUAAUACUAAGAAUAUAAAAUUGUACUGUGAUUAUUGUUUCAGUUAUAUCAUGUUGGACUGUUGCGUGUCAACAGUGGUGUGGAUAUUGUCACACACUGUUGCCUCGUCAGCUGAGGGAGCGAUGUUUAUUGGUCAUUAAUCGACGCUUUACUCUGCCAUCUAGUGGUAGCGGAGGUUAAAAUUUAUUUAUUUAUGAUUAUUAUCUCUAGUUUGACAUGACAAACUGUAUCGACAGUAACAAGCUACAACGUCGCUAAUUACCAAGUACUCAUUUGAGGAUUAUUAAUGAAAUAAUCCCAGUGUCCACAUAUGAGGACGCCGUUUUUUCAACUUCUACUUCCUGUUCAAAGAUGAUGCUUAGUUUUUAUACUUAGGUCGUACAAAUCCCAAAUACAUUGGAGAGAUUAAAAUUAGAUCAAGCUCAGGUCUCAGGAGAUUAUAGCUAUAGCUUUCCAUGACAUGUACAUGAAGACUGAUUCUAGUUUUUACAUAUUAUGCAUACAUUUUCAUUCAACUCUUGGUUAUUCCAGACAUUGUUUCUUACUUAUUACUCUUAACUUAUUACUAUAACGUGUGGAAAUGUCUUUCUUUUUAAUGGUGCUGCUCUUGUGUCAACUCAAAUUUCCUCAUAUGGGGGAUCUAUAAAGUAGAUGAGUGGUAAUAAGAGGUUUAGUAAAAAUAUUUUGUCCCACAACCAGGGGAAAUAAAAAAACACAUUUAGGUUAUAUUUUCACAUGUUUUAUUUUUCGCAAACUUUUGUCCCAAAGUUUCAUUCCAUGUCAGCGAAUGUUUCGUCCCUAAGUGGCACGUAUGGGGGAAUUUAGAGACAAACACAUGAAAGUGAAAGAGUCAGGAUAGAAGGCAAACUUAACAGAUUUAUUUUACACAUUAACUGUGGGGAAGGAUGGGACCAUGCGGUUGUGCCAAAUAAAUAAAAGGAAAUACAACAAGACGAG